CUUUUGGUUAUGCCAUCUGAUGAUCAUUCACCCAUUGGCUAGACGCUGAUAUUUGUCUAGCUUACACCGUUUUUUUUAACAGCAGGUACGUACUUGCGGUAGCCCGUCGGGGUGGAUAAACAUAUGAUAUCUCGCCCGGAAAUGACGUCGGCUCGGAUCCCGGAUGUGGUACCCAACUGACGGAUAUUUCGGAGUCCCGCCAAAACUACAUAACCAAGUUGCAGUUCUACCUUUCACAUUACACACUUCUCCCCUUUACAGCAAUCAACAUGGUCUCAGGCGUUGUAAUCCACACAAAAGUUGCUCAGAAGGCUCAGACAGAGAUAUUGACCGAUGGAGCUUUGGCUUUUCUCGCAGCUCUCCACAGAACGUUCGAAAGUACGAGGCAGAACCUCCUCGUCGCCCGCGAUGUUGCACAGCGCAAGUAUGACUCAGGGGCUCCCCUCGACUUUGCCCCGGAGACUGCUCAUAUUCGUGCGGAACCCUCAUGGCACUGUGCUGCCCCUGGCCCAGGACUAGAGGACAGGCGGGUUGAAAUCACUGGCCCAACUGACCGUAAGAUGGUCAUCAACGCGCUCAACAGUGGUGCGAAGACCUUCAUGGCUGAUUUGGAAGACUCGAGCGCUCCUACCUUUACCAAUAUGAUAGUUGGCCAGGUCAACUUGCGCGACGCUAUAAAGCGUGAGAUCGACUUCGAGUCUGGAGGAAAGCAGUACAAGUUGACAGAAAACCCCUGUGUCCUCCUUGUUCGUCCUCGCGGUUGGCAUCUUGACGAGCCCAGGUUGACUGUAGAUAACACUCCUAUUUCUGGGUCGCUCUUCGACUUUGCCCUCUAUUUCUAUCACAAUGCUCAUGAACUCGUGAAGCGUGGUUCAGGACCAUACUUUUACCUACCGAAGAUGGAGCAUUAUCUCGAAGCUCGUCUCUGGAACGAUGUCUUCUUAUUCUCCCAGUCAUAUAUCGGAAUGGCCCACAACACCAUCCGAGCGACCGUGUUGAUUGAGACUCUCCCGGCUGCGUUCCAAAUGGAGGAGAUACUUUUCGAGCUCAGGAAUCAUUCGUCCGGACUCAAUUGUGGCAGAUGGGAUUAUAUAUUCAGCGCAAUUAAGAAGCGCAGGGCUGACAGGGGCGCCGUACUUCCUGAUAGGAAGGAUGUCACCAUGACUGUUCCAUUCAUGGACGCCUAUGUGCGUCUCCUGAUCCAAACAUGUCAUAGACGCAAAGUGGCUGCUAUUGGAGGCAUGUCCGCUCAAAUCCCCGUUAAGAAUGACCCCAAAGCCAACGAGAUAGCCAUGGAGAAAGUACGGGCUGACAAGUACCGCGAAGUUACAAAUGGACAUGACGGUACCUGGAUCGCACAUCCUCUCAUCAAUGAGAUUGCACGCAAGAUUUUCGAUGAGAACAUGUUAGGUCCCAACCAGUACCAUGUCCGCCGCGAAGACGUGAGGGUUGCAGCAGCAGACCUACUCAGCACAUCUUUCCCAGGCAAGAUCACUGAAGAGGGUGUGCGUGCCAAUGUCGCUGUUUGCCUUGGCUAUACAACUGCCUGGAUUGGUGGCAAUGGCUGUAUUCCCAUGAACUACCUGAUGGAAGACGCUGCGACUGCAGAGAUUGCUCGCGUGCAGCUAUGGCAGUGGGUCCAUUACGCUUCACGUAUGGAUACCGGAGAACCGAUAACCACGGAUUAUGUUGAUCGCGUUAUCACUGAGCAAGCACCAACUAUCAAGAAGCUUGUUUCAGGCAUUAAAGAAAGCGACUUAAGGAUAACGACGUCGUAUCUGAAGAGUCAGAUCAGGCAGCAGUGGCCGAGCGAAUUUUUGACUUCUGACUUGAUGCCAUACUUGUCGAUGGCAGAUGGUGUCGAGGAAAAGUGGCAAAGGAGCGCGCUCUAGAAGGACGCUGCUUCUUGGAAAUCGUAUUUGCAUGUUUUCGUUCUGUACUCAUCUCAUCUUCUAGUGUACGAUUACUGGGUGUUGUGAUGGUGACUCGCAUCUGUAACUUGUACACUUAGUAUUGUAGCUAUCCAGGAUUCGCAUAAGUUAAUAUCGUAAUCAUAUUUUUUGAAGCUGAACUUUUGAUUCA